CCGCGCAGCCAGCGAAUGUCAUUUCCGUUUGUGUUUAUCUACGCUUUAUCCCCAAUGCGUUAGAACAUCAACCCAAUUUUACUGGAAUCAUCAGAAAUCCAGAGUUAAAAAUUGCCGACGAUUGUCGAGACCGUUUACGAUAGGAGAGAGAGAAGCUGUUGUGAUGAGAGUUGCGUGCAAGUGUGAAACAACAGCUAUCGGAAAAGAGAAUAGUCACUGAGUGCUAAUGAUCUCCGCGAUAAGUGAAAUCAAUGUUAUUUUUAUCGCAACAAGUCAGGAAAUAAUUGCCAAAUCGUGAUCGAGCAACAGGUCUGGGAAGAGACGACUCACCGAGUGCCGACGGGUGAAGAUUCCAUCAAUAGGACCAACCGAUCAUGCAGACAGCACUUUGAAUGCAAUCUGAUUUGUAUAACAGAGAUGGAAUUUUGAUGAGUGGACAGAAUCAAGCGGUUCAUAAUUUUAUGCUGAGGGCACGCCACUUGAACUAUAAAUAGUGGAAGUUGUGCGCAUCUCGUUCAAUCGGGGGAGUAUUGUCUGGCUUGUUGAUUGGGAAAAUAACCGCCGAGUGAAGUACGUGCGAUGAUGAAAAUGGAAGUAUUCAUUCUGAUGGGAAUUGUUGGCAUUUGCUGGGGGAAUCCCGAUGCCAAGAGACUUUACGAUGAUCUUUUGUCGAAUUAUAAUAGGCUCAUUAGACCUGUAUCCAAUAAUACGGAUAUUGUUGUUGUUAAGCUGGGGUUGAGGCUGUCGCAGCUCAUUGAUCUGAACCUGAAGGAUCAAAUUCUUACGACCAACGUCUGGCUGGAUCACGAAUGGGAGGACCACAAGUUCCGCUGGGAUCCCUCAGAAUACGGCGGAGUUACCGAACUCUACGUCCCCAGUGAACACAUAUGGCUCCCCGACAUUGUCCUCUACAACAAUGCGGACGGUGAAUACGGAAUAACAACGAUGACAAAAGCUGUUCUGCAUCACACUGGACGAGUGGUGUGGACCCCUCCAGCAAUCUUCAAGUCUUCAUGCGAGAUUGAUGUGCGUUACUUUCCGUUUGACCAGCAGACUUGCUUCAUGAAGUUCGGCUCGUGGACCUACGACGGCUUCCAGAUCGACUUGAAGCACAUCAAUCAGAAAGGGGGCAACAAAGUAGACGUCGGAAUAGACCUCCGUGAAUACUACCCGAGCGUCGAGUGGGACAUCCUAGGAGUCCCAGCCGAACGACACGAGAAGUUCUACCCCUGCUGCUUGCAACCCUAUCCCGACAUCUUCUUCAACAUCUCCCUCCGCCGAAAGACUCUCUUCUACACAGUCAAUCUCAUAAUCCCCUGCGUCAGCAUCUCAUGGCUGUCGAUCUUGGCUUUCUACCUGCCAGCCGAUUCCGGCGAGAAAAUCGCCCUCUGCAUCAACAUUCUCCUGUCCCAAACAAUGUUCUUCCUUCUCAUUUCCGAGAUUAUACCCUCAACCUCAUUGGCAUUACCUCUUCUCGGCAAAUAUCUUCUCUUUACGAUGGUGUUGGUGGGGCUAUCAGUUGUCGUUACUAUUAUAAUAUUGAACGUUCAUUAUCGCAAGCCAAGUACUCACAAAAUGGCGCCGUGGAUCAGGAAGAUAUUCAUACGAAGAUUACCAAAACUGUUGCUGAUGCGGGUGCCUGAUGAUUUGCUCAAUGAUCUUGCGGCCCAUAAAAUAUAUGGAAGGGGUAAACCGGGGAAGAAAACGAAAUUUGAGGACGCUAUAUCGGCGGCUAUGAGAUCACCCUCGGUCAUGAGCUCGCCGGAGUCUGUCAGGCAUCGACCAGGAUGCAACGGACUUCAUCAGACGUCAGCGACUAACCGAUUUCUUGGGAGUCUUGAGCAGGGAAUGGGCGCGUACAAUGGGCUUCCCACGGUCAUGUCGGGGCUCGAUGAAUCUAUGAGCGACGUUGCUCCGAAGAAGAAGUAUCCUUUUGAGUUGGAGAAGGCACUGCACAAUGUCAUGUUUAUACAGCAUCACAUUCAACGGCAGGAUGAAUUCAAUGCGGAAGAUCAAGAUUGGGGAUUCGUUGCAAUGGUUUUGGAUCGUCUAUUUCUCUGGAUUUUCGCGAUAGCAUCAAUAGCCGGUACAUUUGCCAUUCUUUGUGAUGCCCCAGCUCUCUACGACACAACGAAACCCAUCGACACAAAAUUCUCGUCGGUGUUGCAGCAGCAAUUUCUCCCCCAUAACCCAAACUUAUUUUAGAAUUUAGUGCCCGACGCCGUAGUCUAGUGCCAAAAUUUCACGAUAAAACUGAAUAAUAGCGUAAUCUCUGCAGUAUUACUCGUUGAACUCUAUCUAAGGAAUUUUUUGACUUUAUAUAAAUCGAGAGUCGUUACUUAAGUCUUAAGAAGUGAUGCAAUCGAUUCGAUUGGCAUUCGGGGAUUAAUUGGGGAUGAUGGAGUCGAUUAUUGAUAUUAGGUCACUAUUUCAAUUUUAUCUUGUAAGGAAGAAAUAAAAUGACGUCAAAUUUUUUC